AUGAGCGAGGCGGCGGAGGCGAUGGGGUGGCCCGUGCGGCUCGUCCGCACCCGGCUGCGAGCGACGGUGCGCCGGAUGGUCUCGCCCCGCUUCGGGUUCGUCGCGGCGCACGUGGAGGCGUGGCCGCGCCGCCGGCGUGCGGUCGCGAAGGUGUGCAUCCUCCAGGGCGGCACGAUGCGCGAGGCGUGCGAGACGCUCGGGUACACGCUCCACACGGUGCGGACGGAGCUGAGGGUGAUCGACGCGCGCGCGUGCGAGGCGGCGUCCAUGAUGGGCGCGUCGAUCACGCGCGAGAGCGUGGCGCACGGAUUCGCGUGGCUGCCGAGCGACGAGCGGCUGCUCGACGCGCCGAUCACGCUCGCGACGGGCCCGAGCGGGUCGGGCAAGACGCGGUUCCUCGAUCACGCGCGGUCGGCCUUCCGGUCGCGGGGUGUCCCGGUGAUCGACCCCGAGCGCCUGCGCCCCGCGGAGAAGCCCGCGGUGGACCUGGUGGGGCGGGACGCGACGCGGGCGAUGCGGGCGCUCGCGUCCGUCGGGCUCGCGGAGCUGCGGUGCUUCGUGCGCAAGCCGUCGGAGCUCUCCGAGGGGCAGCGGUUCCGGCUGCGUCUCGCGAUGGUGCUGGACCGGGCGCCGAAGGGGAAGCUCGGCGCAAUCGUGAUCGACGAGUUCGGCUCGUCGCUCGACGCGCUGACGGCGCGGAGCCUGGCGCUGCUCCUCCGGCGGGUCAGCGCCCGUCGCCCGAACCUGCGGUUCGUGAUCGCGACGAACCGGGAAUUCGUCGCGCCGGCGCUCGCGCCGAACCUGCACCUGGCGCUCGACCUCGCGGGGCGCGUCCGGGAGGAGGUCGGCGAGCCGGUGCGCCUGGGCGAGCUGUUCGAGCACGAGGCGGGCACGCGGGAGGACCUGAUGACGCUCCUGCCGUACCACUACCGCGCCGGCGCCCCCGCGACGGUGGAGCGCGUCCUCCGCGCGGUGGACCGGGAAACGGGCACGCUCGCGGGCGUGCUCGCGGUCUCGCACCCGACGCUCAACGGCGUGUGGCGGGCCGAGGCGUGGCCGGGGGUGUUCGACGGGCCGGACAAGGCCGCGUCCGCGAUCAGGGUGAACCGCGAUCUGCGGACGAUCUCGCGCGUGAUCGUCGACCCGCGGUUCCGCGGGCUGGGCGUGGCGACGGCGCUCGUGCGGGCGUACCUGCGGGACCCGCUGACGCGCUGCACGGAGGCGCUCGCGACGAUGGGCGGUGCGUGCCCGUUCUUCCGCGUCGCGGGGAUGGCGGAGUUCCGCGUGCCCGAGAGCCUGCGAGACGAGCGGCUCGGGCGCGUGCUCCGUGAGGCGGGCGUCGAGCCGUGGCGGCUGGCGACGCCGGGUCUCGCGCUCGCGCGGGCGAGGCGCGCGCUGGGCGAUGAGCGCCUCGGGCGCGAACUGCUCGUCUGGGCGCACGGGUCCCGCGCGACGGUGAGGCUCGCCGGCGCGCCGAUCGAAGCGGUCUUCGCGAAGGCGGCGGUGUCGGUGGCGGCGAGACGCGUGGCGUACGGCGCGGGGCUCCCGCCCCGCCCGCGCGAUGUCGCGUCGCUGCGCGCCGUGAUCGCGGAUCUCUUCGGCGUCGACCCGCCCGGGCGGGCGAUGAUCGAGGGGCACCACGCGCCGAUGGACUACCUCGCCCACGCGUUCUUUCAGGGCGAGUUCGGAGAAAUGCCGCGGGAUUGCGUGGUGUGGGCGAACCGCGGGGGCGGCAAGACGUUCUGUGCGGCGGUCGCGACGGCGCUGGACCUGCUCUACAAGCCGGAGGUUGAGGUGAAGCUGAUCGCGGGGUCGCGCGAGCAGUCGGCGCGCAUGUUCGCGCACCUGGCGCGCCUCUUCCGCGCGCCGGGGCUCGCGCCGAUGGUGGAAGGGAAGAUCACCGCGUCGCGCCUCGUGCUCGUGAACGGAUCGAACGCGGAGAUCCUGAGCCAGUCGCACGCGUCGGUCCGCGGGAUGCGCCCGCAGAUCGUGCGGUGCGACGAGGUGGAGCUCUUCGACCCGGAGGUGUGGGAGGCGAUCCAGUUCGCGCCGCGCUCGAAACGGUGCGGCGACGUCCUCGUGAAGGGCUCGAUCGAGGCGCUGAGCACGUGGCACGUCCCGCUCGGGGUGAUGUCCACGCUCGUGGGCUCGUGCCGGGGCGACGAGCCGGUGCGGACGCUCUUCAGGUGGGGCGUGCUGGAUGUUCUUGAGAAGUGCGCGCCGCAGCGCGCGUGCGGGGCGUGCCCGCUGCACCCGGAGUGCGAAGGGCGCGCCAAAGACAAUCCGGGGGGAGGACAUGUGUUCAUCGACGACGCGGUCGCGAUCAAGAGUCGGUCGUGCCGGGAGUCGUGGGAGGCGGAGAUGCUCUCGCUCCGCCCGUCUCGUCGGGACGCGGUGUACCCGGAGUUCGACCCGGAUCGGCAUGUCCGCGAGCCGGCGUACGAACUGCGCGCGGACGGCGGGGCGCGGUUCGUCGCGGGGAUGGACUUCGGCUUCCGCUCGCCCGCGGUCGUCCUCUGGGCGCACCUGGACCCGCUGGGCGUGGUGCACGUCCUGCACGAGCACGCGCAGGAGGAGAUGACGCUCGAGCGGCACCUCCGCGAGAUGCGCCGGCCGUGCUACCCGCGCGUCUCGUGGAUCGGUGUCGACCCCGCCGGCGCGCAGCGGAACGACCAGACCGGCCUGAGCCCGAUCCGCCUGCUCAAGGACGCCGGGUACGUGGUGCGGGCGAGGCGGUCGCGAAUCGAGGACGGUGUCCGCGCCAUCCGCCAGCGCCUCGACCCCGCGGCGGGCGAGCCGACGCUCUUUAUCCACCCGCGGUGCGCCGAGCUGAUCCGCGCCCUGACGAGCUACCGCUUCCCGAGCGACAACCCGCGCGCGACGAACCCGGUGAAAGACGGCGCCGACCACGCGGCCGACGCGCUGCGGUAUCUGGUGACGAACAUCGGGACGCGUCGGGGGGCGAAGAUCAUUGAUCCUUGCACCAUCGAAUCCGACUGGGCGCGUCUCGGGAUCCUGUUUAACUGUGCGCCGUCCGUAGAGACGCCGGACCUGGAACGCCUGCUGCUCGAGACGGCUCGUCGUUUGAGCGGCAACGCUCGGUUGCUGCCCCUUGUCGUCACGUGGCUCGGCCUCUACGGGAGUUUCGUGGCGCGCCAUCGGCUCAGGCGUUUGGUCUGGGCUGAACUGGAGCCGGAGCAUCGGCCCGCGCUCGGGUUGAUCCUUGAGUCGGCCAUCCAGCGCGGCGCGACGAAGGACCUGCGGAUCGCUAUCGACGUGUGCGAGCGCGCGGGCACGCCAGGGCCUCUGCACGAUGUGCAUAGCGCGAGCGAGGCGCUGCGCGGUGUCGCGGAGCGGAACGCGUCCGAGCUCUCGCGGAAGUGGGGGCUCUGGACGCCCGAGUUCGACCCGAAGCUCGACGCGGUCCGCCCGGUGUCGUGGCUGCUCGAACAGAACCCGGAGUACCAACGCCGGAUCGUCCGCAAGGGCGACCUGCGCGCUUCGAUCCUCGAGACGCUCAUCCGGGAUGGUGAGGGCGGCGUGCUCUCGUCCGAGGCGGAAGUCGCGCGACGGUGCGGCGCGUCGCGACGCGCGACGAAGCAGGCCCUCGAAGCGCUCGAAUUGGAAGGGGAGAUCGAGACGACGGACGGGCGCCCCGGGAGGAACGGCUGCCCGGUUCGGGUACACCGAGAUCGAGAGGCCGACCAUGCCGCCGACGAUCUGGACGGUCAUCACGGCGACGUGCUUCCAGUACUUCUCGAGGGGGCGGAGGCGGACGGCCUUGUAGGCCAUGGAGAUGCCCAGCGCCAUCGGGAUGAGCGUGAGCCACCAGUGCUGCUGGAUGUCGACGGGGUCGACGAAGGGCGUCCAGGCGAGGAGGGCGGUGCUCAUGCGGCGCUCCCCUCGGCGGUGCGUCGGCGGCGGAUGGGCACGGGGGGCGACCAGAGGCAGUCGACGAUGGCGAUCAUGUUGAGCAUCCCGGCCAUCGCGCAGGACGGGGUCCUUGAGGUGGGUCUGGUUGACCCAGUCCAUGGCGAAGGCCGUCGGGCCCACGCCGGCCUGGAGGAGGAACCACCAGCGGUCUUCUUUCUUGUCCACGACGUCGAUGCCGCCGACGAAGAUCCCGCCCACGAAGAGCAGAAGCACGCCGGCGGCGACGAGCACGCCCCGCUUGGUUUCUCCGGAGACGACGUAGCCGAGACCGGGGAAGAGGAAGGCGAAGACCGCGAGGUGGGGGCGCAGCUCGCCCCCGCCGGUGUAGGUGAUGGUCUGGUCUUCGGCGUUGGUGCUCACGGGCGGACCGUCGCCGGUAGUGUACCCCCCAUCGGGACGGGCCGGGACGCGAGGGCGUCCGCCCGCGUGAACAGACCCGGCGAUCGAGUCGGUGCGGCGGGCCGUGUGCCUCGCUCCGGCGAUGCUCCGAAGGUGAAAGCGAUGGAGAUCCAGACAAUCGACCCGGCCGAGCUCGAGCUCUACCCGUUCACGGGCGGUGUCUCGGCCCCCGUGCUCGACGCGGAUCCCGGCGACGAGGACGACGAGGAUUUCGAGUUCGACGACUGGGACGACGACGAAUCCGAGGACGACGACUUCGACGAGCCUUCCGUGGCCAAGGACGCCGCUAGCGGCCCUGACAACCAGAGCGACUCCGGCAAGGCGCGCACCGCCAAGCCGUUCAAAUCGCCGACGGUCAUCGACCAGCGCUCGGGUAUCGACCGGCGUGACCUCCAGAAGGACAAGGCGUCGGGCUUCGAGCGCCGGCGCGGUCCGGGCCGCCGACGCUCGGACUUCAUGAAGGCGGCGGAAGAGGGGGAGAUGUCGCGGGAGCAGUUCCAGUUCCUGCUGGCGAUCGACACCUUCAAAAAGUCCAACAACAAGACGUUCCCGACGUGGACGGACAUCCUGGAGAUCGUCCGCCUGCUCGGUUACCGCAAGACCGCGCCGAUGGAGGUGAACCUCCCGAACGCGGAGGUCCUCUUCCGGGAAGAUGGCCUGGACCGGGCACUCGUCGACGCAGAGCCCGCAGUCGAUGCAG